AUGUUGGGAAAUUGGUCUCAAGGUGGUCCUCCAGGGCCUCCUCAGAACUACAACAAUAAUUACAAUGCUUCACCACCGAAGGCGCCUAAUGGACGUCCCCCAAUCUGCUUCACAUGUGGCCAAGAAGGUCAUUAUGUCAAAGAUUGUCAAAAUCAAAAUCAAAAUGGUCAAGUUGCUAUGGCUGCUUCUCAGGCUUCUCAGGCUCCUCAGGCAGCAAAUGUCGAUGUUUAUAGUGCAAUCCACCAAACAAAGCAGUGGGCAAAUGUUCAAAAUGGUCAGAUGGGUUCCAAAUAUGCUCCCCAUCCUGGUUUUGAAAGUGCUUCGGUGUCACAAUUUACGGGCCCUGGUCAAUAUCCUCAAAUCAAUGGACCGCCUGUACAUGCUUCAUAUGCAGCAUCAAAUCCGCCUUAUCAGCAAUAUCCGACCACACAUCCUCAACAGCAGAACCACCAGCAGCAGGGCCACUCACACCAGGCUUAUUCUAACUAUAACCAGAACAAGCAGUACAAACAGCCUGUUGCCAAUGGACCUCAAAGCUAUCAAGCUCCUUUCAACCAGUAUCCCCAAUCUAAUUCACCACAACUAUAUGGGCUACCAACUCAUCCCAUGAAUGGGCAACAUUAUCCAUUCCCUUCCACUCCUACUACCCCUUUCCAGCCUCAAGAAAAUGAUUACAGCCAAGAUUACAAUAAUCAAGGCCCAUCAGCAACCUAUCAAGAUCAAGGCCCGUCCAAUCAAGGGCAGUGGAAUGGUUCACCGCCAGCAGCGACUCCCUUUAAUGCGCCACAACCACAGCAAGAGCAACCAAAUUCUGGCAUUAAUCGUGAUUUUAGAAGAUCUCAGUCACAGCAGUCUCAGCAGUCUCAACAAGGAGAAAGUCAGUUAGGAUCUCAGCAGCCUUCAUUUCAAUCCCCGGAACUGAAUAAACGUGGGCUGUACAUCCCUCGAUCUAAAAAUACCCCACACACUGCCCCCCACAAACUUUCUUCUCAGCCUGCCGAAGCAUCAAGAGCUUCAAGUGAGGAUAGUACACCAUAUGGUUCGCCUACUGCAAACAACAAUAUAUCUGAAUGGGAUGGCCAUCCAGCCGCUCUGGAGGAAGGCAGUGACCGGACUGACGAGGAGAAGCAAUUCAAUUGGGAUUACAAAAGUAUCUUCAAACCCGCAGGCGAAAAACACGAAACUGUUGCGCUUGCACAACCUCUGGCUAACAGAUUUGAUAUGACCCCGGUCCCUCUCAUCGAUAAGAAAUCAACUAUUACGAUAUCGAGGUAUGCAAGAAGAGAAAAUCUAAAGGAGUACAUGCGAAGCGUCAGAAAAACACCUCAGUGGCCAUACUUACAGGAAGAUCCAACUUUCCAGGAGUCCCAGACAGGAGAAGACUCGAUAUCUUUUGAAGACCUUGAUGCUUAUAUGAAAUUGAGGCAUGGCAAUGCAUAUACACCUGUUGCGGCUCGAAAGGCAUCUGCAGUGAUAUCACGUACCGGUAAGCGUAAAGCAAGCACAUCGGAACAAGACGAUGUGGAUGAACAAUUACAAAACGAAUUUUCAACCUUGCAAAACAAACGACAAAAGGUUGACGACCAGUCUCAGCCAUCUAACCAUGCGGACGGCUUGCCCAGAUUUAGUGAUAAUGAUGCAGGGAACAAAAGCCCCACUCUUGCUGAAGCGUCAGACGAUAUCUGGGCCCCUCAGGCGGGGGAGAGUGCCGAUCCAACGGAGGCGUUAUUGGCAUCUUUAGGUGUUUCUGGUGCCCCAAAACCGGUUGAGCCUGGACCACCAGUCAUGAUUCCUAUUGAGGAGUUUCAGCAACCUAUCUACAGUCCCCAACAGCCUCCUUAUGAUCCCCAGCAAGCUUCCUACAAUACUCAGCAAGCUCCUUACAGCCAACAGCCCCAAUUCAAUGUUCAUCAACCUCCCUACAAUGCUCAGCAGCCUUCAUAUAUUCAACAGCUUCCUUUCAAUGCUCAACAGCUCACCUAUACUCAACAGCCUCCUUUCAAUCCUCAGCAGCCUCCCUACAACCAGCAAUAUCACUUCAAUGCCCAACAGCCUUACUAUAGCCAGCAGCCCCCUUUCAACCCCCCACAGGCUUCUUUCCAUACCCAGCAGCCUUUCUACAAUGCCCAGCAACCUUACAAUCCUCAGCAGCAUGCUUUUCAUCCUAGCAUGGCAAAUCAACCUUUCAGACAAGAUCCUAGUUAUGCUAACGCUCGUCCUCCGUUUUCCGCACCACAAAUGUUGAAUCAGCACAUACCUCCUCCUCCUCCUCCACCCCCAAUGGAAGAGGAGCCUUUGUUCGACCCAUGGCCAGAACACAACGUCACGACAACACCACCUCCUCCUGACCACACGGAUAAUGACAAGGAAAAUGGUGAUAAGGAAAACUUAAAAAAGGGAGAUGAGGGAUAUGUUUCGCCAGAAUCUCCUUUAAGCCCUACUUCUUUGGAAAUCCUCGGGAAAAUAAAUAAAAUACCUGUAAAACCACGCAAAAUCGUACGAGUAAUCAGCGGCAAGAAAGGCAAAGAAUCUCAGCGUCCAUCUGAGGAUGGUGCGCCGAAACUCAAAAGAGCGGCGCCAGUGGUGGAUGCGGCUUACAGUCGCCGUUGGUAG